GAAGAAUCGCGGAAGUGUGAAAAGAUUUCCCGACAGAUCACCGGGCCAGCCGCUAACAGAGAUAACUAUCAGCCCUACAGCAGUUUAAUUAAAUUCACGGCUUAGAUAGACCCCUGAACCGAAGUAUCAAGAUGACAGCCGCACCUUACAACUACUCCUACAUCUUUAAGUACAUCAUCAUCGGUGAUAUGGGCGUAGGGAAGUCUUGUCUGCUUCAUCAGUUCACAGAGAAAAAAUUUAUGGCAGACUGCCCCCACACCAUCGGGGUUGAGUUUGGGACGAGGAUCAUGGAGGUCCAUGGUCAGAAGGUGAAGCUACAGAUCUGGGACACAGCCGGUCAGGAGCGCUUCAGGGCCGUCACUAGGUCCUAUUAUAGAGGGGCCGCGGGGGCCCUCAUGGUCUAUGAUAUCACCAGGAGAAGUACUUAUAACCAUUUGAGCAGCUGGCUGACAGACGCCAGGAACCUGACCAACCCAAACACAGUGAUCAUUCUGAUCGGUAACAAAGCCGACCUGGAGGCUCAGAGAGAUGUGACAUAUGAGGAGGCCAAACAGUUUGCUGAAGAGAAUGGUUUAUUGUUCCUAGAAGCUAGUGCUAAGACAGGGGAGAAUGUGGAAGAGGCCUUCCUGGAAGCAGCAAAGAGGAUUUACCAAAACAUCCAAGAUGGCAGUCUGGACUUAAAUGCUGCUGAGUCAGGAGUCCAACACAAACCAUCUGCGCCUCAAGGAGGCCGCCUUAAUGCUGACAACCAGCAGGCAAAAGAAGGCUGCAGCUGCUAACCACAGAGUCCAAACCCCUCAAACGGACAGACGGAAGGACAGAAAUGGACAGAUAUGUAUGCAGAGAUCCCCUCUCCACAUGGCACUAACACACAUCGUCUAUAAAGACUUUUUAAUAAAAGAUUUAGCUGGAUUACUUUUAACACAAGCCAUCCACUGUCAAGUUCAAGGCUUAGUCCAGGUCUGAAGUCACAACAUAGUCAUCCAUAUCAAACAUUUAAAAGCUUUGGUUACAUCAGAUAAAAGCCCAAGUACCAAAACUGACCACUUUUUUGGAUUUCUCUGAGCUGCUUCUGCGUUGGACAACCCCAAAGCCAGGAUUGUCAUAGAACUCAGCUGGAUCCCUCUCUGUACAAAAUAAAUCCCCUUAAAUACCAAUCUUUCUUUAUCAACACUUGGAUCAUGGUAGAUCCAGUUUGCCUACAGUCAACAUUAAGACACAUUCUGGGCCAAACUGAGACCAAUCUGGACUGUUUAGGGCCCAGGAUAAAAACUAAAUCAGUCCAGCACUGGAAAACCUUCCUACCAUAAUUCAGCAACCCUCCUGACCAAGUAUGUUCCAAUGCAGAGCUAGUUCAAGCAAGGACUGUCCAAACUGGAACUCCUUGUGUUUGGAAUGAGACAAAAACACUCAAGGCUCAAAUUUUGAAGUACUCCCUGCCCAGACUGCCUUAAGGUUGAUUUAAUCCGAAGAUAGGCAAAGCCUAUGGUGGUAUACCUCUUAUCCCAUCAGAAGUUAUCUUUGUUACUGGACUACCUUCUGGAAUGUGUUGGGGCCCAUUAUCCAAACUUUGACUUAACUUUUCCAAACCAAAAGCAUCUAUUCUCAAGAGAUAAAUAAGAUAUAAGACAUAUAUUGGACCAAACUGAGUUUCAAACGGACAUGGGUAUGGACAAAUCCAGAGCCUUGACCCAAGCUGGACAUUCCUUUCAAUUUCAAAUUGCUCUUCAUUCCUCUAUCAUGAUCGUUUUGACCACAACACUUUGUAACCAGGAAGAGCCCUACCCAUGGACCAAUUUCCAAACCAGAACUAGGAUUCAAAACACAGAUCUGGACAAAUCUUCUACCCAAGCUAAGAUUACUCUUCCUACAUCCUGUGCAUGGGGUUUGCAAGGUUCCACUGUUCCAAAGGACAUUCCUGUAGAUCGAUCCAGAGCCUUGACUUGAGCAAGACUGAUCUGAUCCAAAUAUAGGACCAGUUCCAAAUCAUUCUUCAAAUCCAGACCAAAUAACUCCAUGAAUAUAUCCCCUAUAAUUCCAGCUUGUCCUACAACAGUUCUGACAUUCAGCCUUUGAUAUGAACUUUGGGAUUUAUAGCCUUACUUCUGUUUUAUAUUUGUGUUAUGUCCCAUCAUCUGUUGUCCAAAUGGAUAAUUCAUUCUUCAAGACGACAUAUUCAAGCACCAAGUGGCCCAAACAUCAGGACACACCUCUGAGAUUUUCCGCAUGGAAUAGUCUGCACUUACUUGUUGGUAAUGUAGAUCAGAAAACCCAUUUAUUCUGCAGUUCAUGGGGAACAGAGACUUUUGAAGCUGUUGUUCUUGUGGUUGAAAGCUUCUCUGAAGGCGUUUCAGCUCUAUUGUUGUAGCUGUUUUUACCUUGAGGCUUAAGAUCCGCCUUAACUCCAGCGUUUUGCCUGGUAGAAGGUCGACCAAAAGUUAAGUGUACACAACCGUUCCAAUAUCAUUGAAGGGAUUCAGAAGUCCUGUUCAGUAACUAAUGGGUGACAUCACUGAGACUACGUCCAUGUUCAUUGGCUGGAUUGUAGAGCUAUGGUAGAAAAAUGUGGAUAACUAAGCCCAGAUUAUUGUUAUCCUGAUAAAACCUUUGAGUAGCCGAUCCUUGAAGAUUUAUUUGGCGUGUGCUGCAGGACUAGCCAGACUUAAGAGUUUAACAAGCUGUGCUUUUGAAGCCCUAAGAGUCAUUCUUUAUCAUUUUUAAGAGUAAGGCUUUGGGAGUUUACAUCCCUUAAAGACAGGAUGUUUUAGCUUUUGUUGCUUUAAAUUAGACUGAUCCUUCUUAGACGUUUUUCUGAAGUUCACCAACUUAUGGAAGUGCAAUAUUAAAGCCUCGGUGUGCUUCAUACAAGCAAGCUGGCAUGAUGUGUCACGUGGUCAUGUCAAAAAAUGGAGUUCCUUCAAUUCAGGCUGUAGCAGGGUUCAUGAAAAAGAUAGGAAAAUAGGUUAUCAGUGCACUUAGACGGCCAUAAGGGCAUGUAGGCUUAUGGAAUAUUGGAAUACACAUCAGAGGUCUGUAUUUGAUUAAAAUGUUUGACCCACUCUGGCUAGAUAAACCCUCCCUGAUCUUGCAUACAUAGACAUUAUAAUGCUGAGGUCAGACUACAUGAUCUUUUUGUCUGCUACAGUAGUCACUGUGUCAAAUUAGGCGACCACAGAAACAUAGAUAAGUGCUGUGACUUUACCACCAGACAUGACAGACUACAUUGUAAUAUCUGAUUUAUCCUCAGGACCGAUGUGAUAACAUUGGAAGCAAGAGAGGAAGGGCUAGACAACAGCUGGAAAGAAGACACACAAACAAACUGCACUGACUGUUCUAUACUGUUUAGCUUAAUCUAGUUUAUACCAUGCAUUAGCAGAGAUUUAGUUCGGUUUUGGACAUUCAGAUACCAACUGGUAAUCCUGGAUGCUUUGUGUGUGGAUGCACCUCAGUUCAUCCUAAAAACGGUUUGAUAUCUGAUAGAAGUGUACUACGAUGCCUUAAUCUGGUUGGUUGUGUAGACUUAGUGAGUAUUGGUAUGCAUUUAAUACCACCCUGUCAGCUGUAGUUUUAGGCCAGGGGCACAUAUUUUGUUAGAAAAACCUGAAAAAGUAAUUUUUGCAUAAUAUGUCCCUUUUAAAGAGGCACUGCUAACUUCUUAGCCAGUAGUUAUAAGGUUAGUAUUCAUUCUUACUACUGACAGCUUCCCUGUAGAAGGGAAUGUAGGGAUACCAAGCCAUGGUAAGAGAGCCACAGUAAUGAUGGAUGGGUUAUUGUUUGUUUAAGAGGCGGGACAGUGAGAUGUACUGUUAAUGUGUAAUAUUGAUGCUCAUUCUAAAGGGCAGUUACCUCAUAUCUGAAUGCCCCAAAUCAUUAUCUUUGGUAACGUAACCUUUUUUUUUCUUUUGUCUAUCUAGAUGUUAUGAUGAAUGAUUGGCUAGUCUGAUGCCAUUACUCAUCACACGGCUUCGGUAUUUCAGCUGUUUCUUUAUCAGUAUGUCGUGGCAGUCCCUCAACAACACGGUCUAAAGGCAGGGAUGUUGUCAGUGCUUGGCAAACUUUUCUCUCGUCUCAUCUCGCACCACCUACGUCAUCGUUCUUUCACUUUGCUUUGGAUUAUUUACACUCCUGACUUUUGCAUAUUCAGAGACGUGACGGAACAAAUCAUAGACAGCAGAAAGAAAUGUCAAACAUGCUGACCUUUCUCCAGGCGGGGGUCAAAAGGCAUCCCAGCUGUGGCCGUGAUUGUCAUUCACUAUGACACUACACAGCAAAAUUGUCAGUGCUGAUUCAACUUCCACAGUGUCAAUUUGAACAAAAUCCUAGAGUUUGUUUAUUUCUCUCAGGUUCCAAGUUCAGUUUACACUUUGGAAGUGUUAAGUUUAACACUCUUGUAGUGUAAAUUGCCAACAUUUACAGAGUCAUUUUACGACACAUUAAAAUGUCCUUUUAACACAAUGUGUUAAUUCCUCUCACUUUAUUUAUUAAUUUUUACUGUUUAUAGCAUUAGUUGCUAAUGCACUGCGACACACAUUUCAUCCUUAGUUGACUCUGCUAUUUACAAAGAGGAACAAAUACUAAACAAGAUGUGACUUUAUUUUAAAGACAUCAUAAUCAACAAGCCUGAAGCCACUAACUUGGUGAUUAAUUUCACUUAUGAUGCAAAAGUGUUUUAACAUAAAAAAUCAUAACAAUCCACCAGAAAUGUGAAACAACAGGCAACAUCUCAGACACAUGUAAAACACUGCCCAAGGGCAUGAUGGGAAAACUCCAUUCACAUAAUGCCCCCAGGUUUGAAAUGGCAGUGAGCACAGGUCAAUUGACUCUACAGAGUUGGAUUUAAGCUAAUGGAUCAACUCUGUCAAAUAACUCAAAUGCUGACGACCAUUUCACCCAGGAUGAAGUUAAAAACACACUUUGGGAGAAGAAAGUGACUCUGAAAUGUUUAACACUGAAAUAUCAACACCAAUUGUUGCUGUGUACACGUAGUACACCGUGCGUAUAACGUGUAGUCUGACCUCGGCACAAGACUUUUCCCCAAAAGAUUUGACUGAAUAAUAACUGGACUGAGGUUUAAGCCCUGAUUCAGGUCAAGAAACCAAGCAGACCAAGAAGUAUUCAAACAAUCAUGAACAAGAACCCCUAACUCACCUCAGUCCUCCUCUGUUUGCCUUUUAAAGGUCUCACGAUCUUUAUUUAAACUAGUUUGAUCAGUCUGUGGAGAGGGGAGGCAGUUUAUUGAUGAAGAAACGAUGACGUACCUGAACCUGAAUGUCACUACUGACCCCUUUGUGGAUCAGAAGUUCAGGAUAGAUUUUUAUUCACUUACUUUGUUUUUUUCCUAACAAGUUUCCAAACAUAAUCUUCGUGUUUUUAAUGUUGCAGCUCCCUCUAGUGGCCAUUUUUAACGUCCUGUUUGGUUGGGCAGUUAUUUAGGAAGGAAAAAAUGGCACGAGUGUGGACACAAACAUUCUUUUAAUUUAUUACUGCCUGGUAUUUUUGUUUUGUCUUCUUUUUGUAGCUUUAUGCCACAAUUACACUUUACUUGAAUGGGAUUUCUUGUUUAUCGCUAAUUUGUUGUGUUGCAGUGAAGACACAUCACGUCUUACUUUGUCGUCACACACAUGAAAAUAAUCUAAACCAAAUAUUUGUUGUCAAUUUUUUUAAACCCUGUAAGAAAAAAAUAAUUCACAAGAGUUAAAAAAGGCAAAAAUUAAAUACUGUGCUUAAUCUUUUUACCAAAUGUUAGAAAUUAAUUUUUCCUAUCGUGGAGUCAAAGUUUAACAAUCCGAGCCUUGAUUUCAAAAAGUGCUUUAAAUGUUAAAAUAAUCAACGUUUAUUAACUAAUGAUUAAAUCUUUAUUCUAAUCCAUGGAGUUCAGCGCUUCAUUUCCUCCCUGUCUAAUAAAAUCAAUAAAUUCUUUUUCUUUAAGAAACAUUUCAUCACAGCAGCCUAAAACAUGGACACAUGUAACUCUGUUUAAUGCUUGUUUUUGCAUCUUUUAAUCAGUAAAGGCUGGUGUUGAAUUUUUUUUUUUUUUUUUUUUUUUUUUACUCUGAGGGAAAUAAAACCAAAACAGUCCAAAUGUAAUGUUUUUAAAAUAAAGUUCAGCAUUAUAAAACAGUUGUCUCUUAAAGACCAAGUCCAGAGUUAAACUUUGUGAAACAGCAGUCACACAUUCAGUUUCUGCGUCUGGUGUGUUAAAUGAUAUGAAAAAAAAACACAAAGAUAAAGUUUAGUUGAAGAGCCUUUCUCCACAGCUGCUGUUUAUAGGCUGGAAGCGCCCAAAACAUCUGCAUUAGACUCAACGUUUAUUGUUUCUAUAGGGGUGGACUGAUAUUUGUUUCACAGGGCCCAUAUUGAUAAGAGAGACCAAUAACUGAUAUCUGAUGUGCAUUUAUUAUGGUGUAUAAAAUGUCCUUAAUUUGGCAAAAGUAAAACUGCAUUAUCAGAAAAAUAAAGGAAACAUAAUUUAGCCCCAGCUCUGUUAGCAUUAGAAACGGCUACGCUCACUGUGUCAAUCAACACUUGGGCUCAAGUGUUGAUUGGCUGGUACUCGUGACAUCUAGCCAAUCAGAUUCUGUUAUACGCAGGGCACUUGAUGAGACUGGAGAGUGAAAAGAAAGCCAAAGGGCAAGAAUCCCCUUAAGGUGGAGCCAAAGUAGCACGCUUUUUGAUUAAUUAAUUUGUGCAAUUAUCUGUCAAAUAAAGUGCUGAUACAGAUGAUCAGCCAAAUAUCUGCAUCAAUAAUUGGCCCUAGUCACUAAGUUAUGUAAGCGCUUCAUGUUUCUUUCUUCAAAUCUCACACAAACAAAAACAAAGUAAAGGAAUCUUGUCGUUACAGAGGCAUCAGCUGUAGACCUGAAAGCUUUACGCUUUGGUUAUUUUGACAAAGAGGCUCUGUCUGCUUUGAGGCUGUCAAAAUUAGAUUCAUUUAUACUGACUAAAAUCAUGAUAAAACACUAAUGAAUAGAUCAUGCAAAGGUCCCUUGAUAAGAAAACCCUUGUGUUGGGGUAUUUUCUAUAGAUUUGAUCAAUGAAAACUUUUAAAUAUAAUUUUUGACAUCCAUGUAUCACCUUUUGUUUGUGGGGUCCUCAGCUCCUCUACGAUACAAGUAAGGGGGGCUCAUAGGAGAAAAGGUUGUGAAACCUUGUCUUAAGGCUUAAAUAGGAGGAUUUGAAAAUUGGGAAGUUGCUGUUGAGGUUUCAUUUUCAUUUUUCAUUUAUUUGUUUAUUCGAACAGGUUAAAAGAAAGAACAGAAAUAAGUAAAAUAUACAAAGUGUUUAGUCAGGGGGAAAAAAAAUUAAAGAGACAACUCUAUAACAACAUAGAUAAUCAUACCUUGUUCGAAAGGGUGUAGGAUGAAGUUGAUCAAACUUAUCUAGUCCUUCCCCUUCAUUGUUGUGUUUUUAAUAAUUUAAUCUGUCGGAGCAAGGUCUUUUGGACCCACAGAUCCCAACAUAAGCAAAUGUCACCAGCAGCUGAUUCAAUGGCUCAAACUUUGUAACACAACAAAUUAUUUACAUUUGCCUUAGUUUGGAGAUGAAUUCACACAACUUUUUUAUUUUUCACAUCAAUCUUUUUUUCUGUUCUCUUGGCAUAGCAAUAUCAUUCAAUUCCAUUUAAUUACCAGAUUUUUAAAAAUGUUUUUCCACUUGUGGAUUUGGAAACUUCAGAAAUUAAAACAUUUUGUUAGUAUUUAAUAUUUUAGUGUAGGAAUGCAUGAGAUUGGAUUUUUUGCUGUUAUCCCAUAUGCUGAUAACCUGAGUCUUUGAAAAAAAAAACUUGGAGGGUGAUUGGAUGAAUGUUCUGUCACAUCUUUACAGGCCAAUCAGAGCAACAAAAACAUUACGUAGCAGCUACCGAGGAGUAAACUCCAUACAGAAC